AUGUCGUCGGACAGCGAUGCAGACCAUACCCAGUUGGAGGGCUUCCUCAGGAACUGGAGGCAGACUGCCUUCAACGCAGGGCAGUUUCAGACGGCCAUCUUUGUCGGCGACAAACUUCUGGCUCUGACAGAUGAUGAUAACGACGCUUUUUGGAUGGCCCAAGUCCACUUCUCGACUGGAAACUACGUUCGAGCUCAGAAGUUCCUCGAGCACCGAGAUCUCGUCAGACGCAACCCCUCCUGCCAGUAUCUAGCUGCCCAUUGUCUCAUCAAGCAAUCUCGCUUCGACGAAGCCCUAGUCAUACUGGGCGAACGAGACCCAACACACCUGAUCAAGUCCAAAGAUGCGAACAAGCGAAAGGCCCAGCCCAGCGCGAGCAGUAGACCGGCUCACAGUUCGAGGCCACAUCAAGGCGAUGCACACGAAGAGUCAGAGGCAGUGAAUAGGCGCUACGAGGCUGGCAUGUGCUACCUGCGAGGCAUCUGCUAUGCCAAGCAAAAUGCCUUCGACCAUGCCAAAGAGUGCUAUAAAAAUGCUGUCCGCAUCGACGUCCAAUGCUUCGAGGCCUUUAAUCAGCUGACCCAGAACCUACUGCUCUCCCCAGAAGAAGAAUGGGGGUUCCUCGAGUCUCUUGACUUUGACGCCAUUGGCGCCGGUGCCGGCGGUGACACAUACACAGACGCCGCGCAGGAAACAGCCCAUUACGUCAAGAUGCUAUACAGUACGCGGCUGUCGAAGUACAAGAAACAGGAUGCCUUUAACACGGCGUGCGAGAGCCUCGCCACUCACUACAAGCUCAAGGAGAACCCGGAUCUCCUCCUGGCAAGAGCAGAACAGUUCCUGACACAGUCACGAUUCAAAGAGGCCCUGGAGAUCACCAAUUCCAUCUUGACCGAGGACAAGUACAACUUCAGCGUCUACCCUAUCCACCUGGCCUGCCUAUAUGAACUGAAAGAGAAGAAUCUGCUGUUUCUGGUUGCUCACGAGCUCGCCGACAGCCACCCCGAAGAACCAUGCACCUGGCUCGCUGUUGCUACCUAUUACUUUAUGAUCGGCAAGGUUGCCGAAGCUCGUCGCUAUUUCAGCAAAGCCAGUAUGAUGGACGCGCACUUCGGUCCGGCAUGGAUUGGCUUCGCCCAUACCUUUGCCGCCGAGGGCGAACACGACCAGGCUAUCUCAGCCUACUCCACUGCCGCCCGGCUGUUCAUGGGGACUCAUCUGCCCCAGGUCUUUCUGGGGAUGCAGCAUCACGCCAUGAACAACAUGACGGUUGCAGAGGAGUUUCUCAACACCGCGUAUGGACUAUGCACAACAGACCCGCUCCUCCUGAACGAGAUGGGCAUCGUCUACUACCAUCAAAAUCGCCUGCCAGAGGCAAUAGAGAGUUUCAAGAAAGCUCUUCAGAUUGGAGACACAACCGACAGUGACCCAAAAGCAUCUAUAGUUGCACACACGAAUCUGGGCCACACGUAUCGGCGCCAGCGGAAAUUUCAAUAUGCCCUGCUAGAGUUCGACACGGUCCUACGUGAGAGCGGCAAGGAUGCUAAUAUCUUCUGUGCCAAGGGCCUGAUUUACCUCGACAUCGGAAAGCCAGAAGAGGCAGUCAAUAUUCUACAUGAGGCCUUGGCGAUCAACCCGCAGGACCCGAUCGCGACGGAGCUACUGCUCAAGGCGCUCGACGAGAGCUCGAACUCUGGAAGUGUCCUUGCUGAACUCGACGACGAUGGUACGCUGGCCGAAUUCGAGAACGAGCUAGACCAAGUCAAGCAAGAGGCAAGGUCAAAACUAGCAGCGAGGCUGAACGGGCCACAUAGCAAAGGGAAAGGAAAGGGUAAGGAGAGGGCCAUGCUGAACAUGAGCACACCACAGGAGAGAAGUUCGAACAUGACGGGAAUGAGUGACGAUAACUAGAGACCUUUUCUUCCUUUUUUUUUCCAUGACGGGCCAGCGAAGUCCAUGAGCAUUUGCAAGGCGUCUCGGAGGGGUAUUUCGUCAGUGCGUGCUUCUUGACAGAUCUUGCAUCAUUAGGAGGAUCCUCUAGAUGAGGGAGAGGGGCCAGGACAAUUAACUAAUGGGAGCGGCGCGGCUUCUCCCGGCAUGCAACAUGAUUAAAUUUACCAUG